AUGGAGCAUGAGGCUGAGAAGGUCUCCUGUGAACCCUUCAAGGCCAAUAUGCUUACCCAGAGCUGCUGUCAAAACUGCCUCCACCCUGAGGAGGCCCAUGGAGCAAGACACCAGGAGCUGGGGAGCCCUUCCAGCGUUGAGGCGCCCUACUACGACCUGCCCCGCUGCCCGCCAGCCCCUGAGGACCCGCUUAGCACCUCCACCUCCGAUUGCCAGUCUGCGGUGGGCCAGGGGCCCAAGAGGGGCCUGUCCCUGACAGCAGGGCUUCCUGAGGAGGACCCCAAAGCUGCCCCCAGGAGCAGGCACCAGGAGCUGGAGGCAGUGCCCUAUCUGGAGGGCCUGGCCCCCUCCCCGAGUGGCAGCUGCUACGAGGACCCCAACUCUGACACCAGCUGGAGCCCUGGCAGUUCCACCCAUGACACCAGCAGGUCAUCCUCUGUGGACUGCGACACUGUUGAGAGGUGGGCGGAAGUCCCCAGCUGGGACCUGCUUGCGAUGAUCCCGCAGAGGCCCCAGGAGGGGCAAAGAGCCGAAGGGGCCCGAAGGGUCACCAGGUCCCCUACAAGAGGAGACACUGCAGGCCAGAAAAAGGAUGACUCGGGCGCUGGGAGCCGCUGUGCCGCACAGCACUGGGCCAAGCUCCGGGGAGAAGGCGGGUACUUCUCCUUGGAGCGACAGCACUCAGCCCCUGCCCAGGCUUCCUCUGCGACACCACGGCACAGACCUCACAGCGCCACCACCCCGGCCUCUGCUCAGGCUGCUUCUGCACAGCGAGAAGCCCCCCGGGCCUCCUCUACCCACCAAGUCGCUCAGAAGGACAACCCUAGGCCCUCUUCCACCCAGCAGAACACCCCCAGGGCCUCCUUCACCCAGCGGAACACCCAGGCGACCUCAUUGCCCGCCAGAGUAAGCCCGCGGGGUAGCCCCGGAAGCUCAUCCACCCAAGGAAGCCGUCCUCAACUAACCUCCUCCCCGAGCAGAGCCACCCAUCGGGACAACUCCAGAGCCUCCUCUCCCAGCAGAACCUCCUCUCCCAGCAGAACCACCCAGCGGGACACCCCCAGAGCCUCCCGUGCUCACCGAGACACCCCCAGAACUUCUCCCAACAAAGCCACCCAGAGGGACAACUCCAGAACUUCCUGUGCCCAACGGGACAAUCCCAGAGCUUCUUCUCCCAACAGAACCACCCAGAAGGAAAGCUCUAGAACCUUCUGUGCCCAAUGGGACAACCCCAGAACCUCCUCCCCCAGCAGAACCACCCAGCGGGACACCCCCAGAACCUCCUCCGUCCAACAGAACGCCCCCAGAAUCUCUCCUGCCCAACGAGCCAACCCCAAAGCCUCCUGUACCAGGUGGGAGCACCUCAGGAGCACCUGCACCCAGCGGGACUCCCCACACUCCUCCUUCGUUCAGCGGGACGGCCCUGGGACUCCCAGCUUUCAGACCAGUAUCCCAGAGGACAACCCGGGACCACCAUCUCCCUGCCGCUCCACUCAGAGAAACAGUCCCGGGAACCCUUCUCCCCACCGCACCAACAGAGACAUCCCCUGGGCUUCCUUCCCACUCCGGCCAACUCAGAGUGACGGCCCCCGAUCCUCUUCUCCAUCCCGCUCCAAGCAAAGUGAGGUGCCCUGGGCAUCCGUGUCCCUCCGGCCAACCCAAGGUGGCAGGCCUCAGACCUCCUCUCCCUCCAGACCAGCCCAGCGGGACCCACCCCAGACUUCUGCUGGCCCCUCCCAGCACACCUUGCCCUCGGGGGCCACCUGUUCUACCCACGAUCCCGGCCACCUCAGUGCCUGGCGCAUGUCCUCGCCUCUGUACCCUGGGGCCCGUGGGGCGCCCCAGUUCUCUUCUGGGCCCUUCCAGCCAACAUGUGCCGUGUGCAUAGGACACCGCGAUGCCCCUCGAGCCUCUUCACCGCCCCGCUAUUUGCAGCACGACCCCUUCCCCUUCUUCCCAGACCCCCAAGCCUCUGAGAUGGAGUUGCCCCACCAUGACCCGCCCCCCCUGCCACCCGCUGUGUGCAUUGGCCACCGCGAUGCCCCCUGGGCAUCCGCGCCCCCUCGCCACACCCAGUACGACCCCUUCCCCUUCCUCCCAGACACAUCAGAUACCGAAAACGAAAACGAGCCCCCGCACCACGACCCUCCUCAGUUGCCCCCACCUGUGUGCAUUGGGCACCGGGAUGCGCCUCGGGCCUCCUCCCCGCCACGCCAGUUCCCGGAGCCCUCCUUCCUGCUCCAGGAUUACCCCAGGGCCAGCACCGAGAGCCUCGUCCCUUCCACGGACUCUCUGCCCGAGCCCCCGCACAGGCCCGCCCCCGUGUGCAUCGGCCAUCGGGAUGCCCCCUCCUUCUCCUCGCCGCCGCGCCAGGCCCCCGAGCCCUCCCUGUGCUUCCAGGACCCCCCCGGGGCUAGUAUGGAGAGUCUGGCCCCCUCCACCGACUCCCUGCGCGGCUCCCCCCUGCUGCCCCCACAAGUGUGCAUUGGCCACCGAGAUGCACCCCGAGCGUCCUCCCCUCCCCGACACCCACCCAGCGACCUGGCGCUCCUAGCGCCGUCACCUCCCCCUGGCAGCUCAGGAGGCUCCCGGGGCUCGGCAGCCCCCUGGGAAACCAGGCACAAUUUGGAAAGGGAGGAGUACACCGUGCUGGCUGACCUGCCCCCGCCCAGGAGGCUGGCCCAGAGGGAGCCAGGACCCCAGGCACAGGGCAGCGACGGGGGCCGCACCCGCAGCCCUGGCCGCGCAGAGGUGGAGCGCCUCUUCGGGCAGGAGCGCAGGUGA